GCUCAUUAUACGCAAGUCCUCCAUAAGUUACACAUCAAAAUGUUCUCCAUAAUUUUCUACAUUUUAACAUUAAACAUUUUCAAUAUUAGUGCUUUUGAACUGUGCGAUAACUGUAUUCCAAAAUGUUGUCCUAUGAAUCAGUAUGUUCAAAGAAAAAGGUGUACGGAACCAAUUAUUAAGAAGAAUUUUAACAUUUCUAGUUACCCAGUUUAUAGUACCGGUAUUCAUUUGACGGGGAAAAGUUUGGGUGAUUAUUUCAAGGUAGCAGAGGGAAAGUUUUCGAAUGAGACUUUUAGAGCAGGCUCGGAAAGUAUGAAUCGCGUCGGGUUCAACAUUUAUUUGAUUGAGGACCGUUCAAUGUUUUUGGAGUUACCCAAUGCCUUUCAGAGGUGGAUACAACUACAACCUUCCAAUUAUUGCAUAGAUUAUAUUUCUCCGGGAACAAAGAUCCACAUAUGGGCUUAUUUGGAGAUGGAAGAUUUGACAGAAGCCAACGUUUACAUGACCACUGGCAUGAUAAUAUCCUGCGUCUUCCUAAUCCUGGUGCUGAUCGUGUACUCCCUCCUUCGGGAGCUUCGCAACCUCUGCGGGAAGGUCCUCAUGGCGUACGUGGCGAGCCUCCUCAUGGCUUUUAUGUUGCUCGUCGUUAUACAGCAGAACGAGCUGGACGUCAAUUACUGCUUGGGGCUUACACUUUCUGUAUAUUAUUCCUUCAUUGCGAGUUUCUGCUGGAUGAACGUCAUGUCUUACGAUAUCUGGUGGACUUUCAGAGGUUACGCAAAGGCCCGUCCCAUACAUCGUCGCGGGGAGACGUUUAAAUUUUGCAUGUACUGCCUGUACGCGUUCGGAGUACCCUUGGCCAUGUCCAUUUUCUUGGCAGUCAUCAACAACGCUGACAUGAGACACGUGCCGUGGUUCGUGACCCCUCAGAUUCCACUGAAAGGAUGUUUCCUCGAAGAGGGCCAGAAGCUACUGUAUUUGUACGUGCCGAUGUUGAUCAUGAAUCUGUUCAACUGGGUGUUCUUCCUCAUGACCGCCUUCAACAUCUGGCGCCUGAGUCGGGGAACCGCAGUGCUGGACUCUGCCGCAGCUGGCACCCCUGCGGCCCACCGGUCGCAACGACACAGACUUAUGGUGUAUCUGAAGCUAUCGAUUCUGAUGGGCCUAAACUGGGUACUGGAAGUGGUCAGCUCGUUCAAGCCAGAACUACGAGUGUGGUACAUCACCGACGCUUACAACAUGCUUAUUGGCGUCUCCAUCUUCCUAAUCUUUGUCUGCAAAAAGAAGAUUCUGAAGAGACUGGUCGAAGAGUUACAAUGCUGUCGACGCGGCCAUUGGUCGCCAUACUCCAAGAGCCGUUCCUCCGCCACCACAGUGUCUAACACCAGCCAGGACGCCACACAGAUCUCUAGCAAUCCCAAAGGGACGGUGUAAUUUUAUGUCAAUAACGUCAAAACCCAACUGGCCCCCGUAGAAUGGCACGCGUGACGCCUUUUUAAUCGCGUGAAAAACUGUCGCUGUUUCGCUUUUUAUUAUGAAGUGAAACGGGACAGCGAUAAUUUAUUUUUCGCGCGGUGUAAACGACAUCGCUCGUGCCAUGCUUCGGGGGAUGGUACUAGCUUUAACACCGUAAUAAUCCAAGAUCUAAUAGUCUUGGUUUGACCAGGUUAUGUCAAUGUUUUGAAAUAAGAUUGAGAUAUCUCUAAACAGAUUCGAUGGAAUUUUUUUUUUGUAUUUUGAGCUCGGAAGGCCUUUAGUAGGAGUAGAUUAGAGGUCUUAUAGAGCGGAGCCGCUGGUUGAAGCUAGUGCACUAAAUACUCAUUCACAGAGCUUUCUGAGGUGGCGUCCGUACCUAAAUGUUGAACGAAGUUUUGAAUAACUAAUAAGUACUACAAUUAAUUAGAAGUAAGGGUUUAAUUUAGUUAAUAAUCUGCAUUAGAUGAUGAUAAUCUUUGAGAUAUAGGAAUAAGAUCUUAUGU